CACAAAUUAACAUAUAUUUACAUGUGUUUUACAUAAUGCGUUUGUUUGUAUACCGAAUCGGAUCAGCAUGCCAGUGAAGGAUCUAGUAGACUCAGAAGGGAAAUGUAUGACAGUUUUAGAUGUUGAUGGUUUUCUUUUACCCGAUUUUAAAUGUCCAAGUCAGGAAAAUGACUUCCGGUCAAUGGCUGAUAAUUUUGUAGCUAGAGAUGAUGACGUAUUGCUUAGUAAUUAUCCAAAAUCAGGAACCCAUUGGGUGUGGGAAAUUAUCCAGAUGCUGUCAACACAGAAAGCAGAGUUGAUAGAAUACUCUAAAAUGAAUUGCAUGCUGGAAAACCUGUCAAAAGAAUCUUUUGAUUCUCUACCGUCUCCUCGUAUACUGAAUACACAUCUAGAAUUUUCCAUGCUUCCGAAAGAUUUUCUUAGGAGGAAAUGUAAGAUAGUUUAUACUAUUAGAAAUCCCAAAGAUGUUGCUGUUUCAUAUUAUCACCAUCAUCGUGGGUUGCUUACGUAUAACUAUGAUGGAUCAUGGGAUGGCUACUUAGAAAGAUUUUUAGAAGGGAAUCUUGAUUACAUGUCUUGGUUUGACAAUGUACGAAACUGGCACAAGGACAUAAAGGAACAUAAAGAGUAUCCUAUACAUGUUAUUCAUUACGAAGAUAUGCAACAGAAUGGCAUCGAAGAAAUAAGAAAAUUAGCAAAAUUUAUAGAGAAACCAUAUAAUGAAAAGUUGUUAAAAGAUAUCCAAGACAAGUGUCAAUUUGAAAUGAUGCAAAAGGGUAAAUGUGUCGGUAACAUUUUUUGGAAAGAAAAUACUGCUGGAGUCUACAGAGAAGGUAAAGUGGGUGGAUGGAAGAAGGUUUUUACAGUAGCACAGAAUGAGAAGUUUGAUAAAGUGUUUCAGGAAAAAAUAGCUGAUUUACAUUUGGACAUUAAAUUCACAAUAUGAAUAAUAUAGUUAUUAAAGAUGUUAAACAGCUAAACAAGUAACAUGGAGUUUAAUUUAGUAGAUUUUUAUCUUAUACUAUGUAGGACGACAGCAGUGUAUAAACUGGGCAAUUGCAUGAUUUAGUGUACACUGAUUUAAUCCUACGCCAGUUCAGUAUAUUGUUUACGUUAACAAACAAAAAAGAUGUUUCAGUCUCAUAAUCAUAAUAAUGAUAAUUACAAUAAAAAUCAAAAACAAACGCAGUCAGUAAAUAGGUAAAACAUCGCCCGAUCUGCUUAUUUUUUGACAUCAAUAUUCGAUCGUGUUGAAAGUCAAUUCCGUCUACAAUAACAUGAGGAACUUUUUUUCAUUAAAAAAGGGUUUUCAAUUGCAAACUCGCAUAAAUUGUAUAACUUUGUUAAGUAAUUGGAUUAAAUUCUCGUUGGUAUGCAAUAAAUUUAGUUUGAUGGAAAAGAACUUUUUGAAAGAUGCAGUUUAUCUUUUUUUUUUAAUCGGGGAAAAUUUUGAUAUAGUCCAUCACUUGAAGCGCAACGCAUAUUUAAGAAAAGCAUUACAAUAGGGAUAAAGAAAACCGUUAAAAUACACAACUACACACAGUGACAUAUUAUCAACCUGUGUGUAACAUUAUAGGUUUAUUUGUUUAUAGAGCGGAUCGUCUUAACUGUGUGUAACAUUAUAGGUGCAUUUGUUUAUAGAGCGGACCGUCUUAACUGUGUGUAACAUUAUAUGUUUAUAGAGCGGAUCGUCUUAACUGUAAGUGACAACACCAUGUUUGACUAUUUUAAAAUAUUAACUUAUAUCUUUUUUGUACAUAGUCAGCUAAGAGAUAUAUAAUUUUAUUAUAUUUCGACUUAUUUUUAAUGAUCUUGAGAACAAUGCACUGAUGAGACAAUAUAUUUCAAAUAUGCAAUAGAUAUUUAUCAUUGAUAUGUUUUUUAUGUAUUAUUCAAUAAACCCAUUAUUUGUCUUGUACAUUUGAUGACCCCCACUUGGAUAGGUUCAUGAUAUUCUAUUAACGUGCAAUAAACAUGCCUGUUAAUGAAUUGUGUAUAAAUAAAGGCAACAGUAGUAUACCGCUGUUCAAAUCUCGUAAAUCUAUGGACAAAAAAAACAAAAUUGGGAUUACAAACUAAAACUGAGGGAAACGCAUUAAAUAUAAGAGAAAACCAACGACACAACAUUAAAAUGUAACACACACAGAAACGGACUAAGCAUUAGACAAAAUCCGAUGAGAAUAACAAAUAUAACAUCAAAACCAAAGACAUGCAUUUGGGAUAGAAAAGUACCGUGAAUUUUUGUCUUGUUGUUUUUCUGGACCAUCAUACAGCAUCCAAACAUUUUUUUUGUUACAUUAAACGAUAUUGUUUGGUGUGUUUUCUCAUGGAACAAUAACAUAUCAUACUCAAUAUUAAAAUGAUUAGAUAUAACGAAAUGGAAGGAGUAAGGAGUAUAUUGCAUUAAAGUACUGAUGAAUAGUACAGACACGAUCUAGUAGAUUAAUUAUUGAAAGGAACGUGUCAGCGUAUAUACUAUUCUACAUUAAUAUUAAAUACUUCAGUAGAUAAGAUUAUAGCGUGAAAUAAUAGAAGGAUUAUCCGAUCGUGUUCAAACAUUUAUCUAUAGUAAUAAUAGUAAUAAUAAUAAUAAUAAUAAUAAUAAUAAUAAUAAUAAAGGGAGAUUAUUUAUUACUUCCGGUUUGAAAAAUGUCAUUUUCAGUUUUAUGUGAUAGUUAACUUGACACUGAUGAUUUUCAAGGUCAUAUGACUAGCAACCUAAUGCAAAAGUCCUAUAACUUUAUCAUGUAUAUAUAUGAUAAUGAAGUUAAAGAAAGGUCAAAAUCUAGAACGUCCAUAUUGAAUAUGACCUAAACCUCAAUUUUAAGGUCAGAAACCUAUAACCUCUAAUCAACAGACCCUAGGUCCUUAUUAUACAUGGUUAAUUAGUUAUAUCACCAUACGCAUCAUUUCAAAUAUAUUAAAUAUAAAAGAGGAGAAAAAUGUCAUUGAAUAUCAACAUACCCUUCGACCAAAAUGUGUGUGAUACGACAUGUCGUUACUAACAAUUUAGCAAAAUGUGUUGUUGAUAUCUUGAAUAAAAGUUAAAAUAAUCCAGAAUAAAAGUUAAAAACAUUG